UGUCACCACAGGCUGCCUCGCUACGGAACAACCUUCCUGGCCAUCCCUGGGACAGAGCAGCUGGCUUUGGUCCGGACCUGGGUUUAGUCUUCUGGUCCCUCAUUAUGGAUUCUGGGCCACGGGGACCCUCGGGGACCCCAGAAUCUGGGGGGAAACCACCCAACUGGCAGGAAGCCAAGACUUUCUAUGACAGCCUGGCACCGAAAAAGAAGCCCAAAUCGCCCAAACCCCAAAAUGCCAUCACCAUUGCUGUGUCAUCCAGGGCCCUCUUCCGAAUGGAAGAGGAACAGCGCAUCUACAAGGAGAAGGGGGUGGAGGAGUACGUUCGGUACCAACUGGAGCAUGAAAAUGAACCACUCAGUCCAGGUCCUGCUUUUCCCUUCGUGAGGGCCCUAGAGGCUGUGAACAGCCGGCUUCGGGAGCUGUACCCUGACAGUGAAGACCUCUUCGAUAUCGUCCUCAUGACCAACAACCACGCCCAAGUUGGGGUCCGACUUAUCAACAGCAUCAACCACUACAACCUGUUCAUUGAGAGGUUCUGUAUGACUGGGGGAAACAGUCCCAUCUGCUACCUCAAGGCCUACCACACCAACCUCUAUCUGUCUUCUGAUGCAGAGAAAGUGAGUGAAGCCAUUGGAGAGGGGAUUGCAGCUGCCACCAUCUUCAGCCCCAGCAAGGAUGUGGCAGUGCCCCAGAGCCAGCUUCGUGUGGCAUUUGAUGGAGAUGCUGUUCUCUUCUCUGAUGAAUCUGAGCAGAUUGUGAAGGCCCAUGGGCUUGACAUGUUCUUUGAGCAUGAGAAGACAUAUGAGAACAAGCCCCUGGCUCAGGGUCCCCUGAAAGGUUUCUUGGAGGCCCUGGGGAGACUGCAGAAGAAGUUUUAUUCCAAAGGCCUGAGGCUGGAGUGCCCCAUCCGUACCUACUUGGUGACAGCCCGCAGCGCUGCCAGCUCAGGGGCUCGUGCCUUGAAGACCCUUCGCAGCUGGGGCCUGGAGACAGAUGAAGCCCUGUUCCUGGCCGGGGCCCCCAAAGGCCCCCUACUUGAAAAGAUUCGGCCGCACAUCUUCUUCGAUGACCAGAUGUUCCACGUGGCUGGGGCCCAGGAAAUGGGCACUGUGGCUGCCCACGUCCCCUAUGGAGUGGCCCAGGCACCCCGCAGGACAGCGCCUGAGAGGCAGGCCCCCCCAGCAGUCCAGUAGUCCCCCUGGUCAUUCUAGCAGCAGGGUCUUCUGAGAAAGGCAGAAUGGAAAACUGAAAAGGAUGCUGGCCCCCAAAGAGCUGGGUCUGACUGGAGGCAGUAUCCCCUUCCCCAAGCCUCGGAUUUCCCAUCUGCAAAAUGGAAUUAAUGAUUGACCCUGUCUCACAGUCAUCGUGAGGAAAGUGCAUUGUAUAGAAUCAAAAUGGGAGUUGCAAUCACUGUUGUUGACAUUCAUAGCUAUCGUAGCUCCACUCACCCAGCCCCCACGUUUCCACCUUGUACACAGGGGUCCCAGGCCACCCAUGCUCCCUGUCUCACAGCACUUGUCUCAUCCCUAGGCAUCCCUUAGUCAACUCCCUUUGCAACAUACCUCUAACCCACGUGUCUGUCCUGGACAUGAAGCCAGAAUAAAGUCCUGGGCUGUUCCCAGAUGGGUGGAAGGCAGGGCCAAUUCCAUCCCAAAUCCUGAUCCAAGGAGAGGGACUCUCUCAGGUGGAUCCUCCUGAAGAAUAGAUGGAAUCAGGGAGAAAAGGGGUAAGAGGGAGCCAGGGAAGGGUCUCUCCCUAAAAUUGAGCUUGGGAUCUAGGAUCUGAGAAGCAGGAUUGAAAUUUGGGUCCUGCCACUUAUUACUUACUCAACUUUGACAGACAAAUUUCCCCUCCCCUGCUUUUUAUUUCUUCAUUCAUAAAAUGAGAAGGAUGAGAGGGCUCAGGGAAAGGUGGAAGAUUUCCCAGAAUCCUACAUGCUUCCAGAUGCAAGGAAUCUGAGAGAUCAUCCAUUCCUACCUUCUCAUUUAACACUGUCCCAGAGAGAUUUGUCCAUAGUUACUCACCUGGAAAGUGAUGGAGCCAGAAUUUAAAUCCAAGUUGAGAGCUUUUUCCACUAUACUUAAAAAUCAGCUAUUUCUCCCAUAAAACAGUGCUCAGACCAGUUUUAGUCCACAUCCAUUUUUCCCAGUUAAGCAAGACUUUUAUCAAAAGAUGUUUUCAAAAUCUAAGAAGUUAAAAAAACCAACAACACAAUUUCCUUUUCUCUUCUCAUCAUCCUACUCUCCCCAUUUCUAACUUCCUUCUUCCCAAUUCCCAGUAGUAAGGUAGUAGGAAGAAUGGGGCAUCUUGUGCAUGGAGGUGAAUUCUCAGACGGGCUCUGAGGUCCUUUGCAGCUCGGUAUAUAUGGUGGUUUUGGUGAAGGAGUAAAACACUUUCCUUGGGGACCCUGGUGAGGGUAGGUGUGAGGGGAGUAGGGGGUUAUAGUGAGCAGUUAAGUAGAGUUAGUGAAAUUGGUGGAGUUAAUAAGAACUAUCUCCUUAUAAGUGAUAAGAAGCAGACCAUGUGACAAGGUACAUUGAGUGUAGACAGGCUUUUACUACAUCAUAAGGUCCCUCCCAGCUUUCCCAGUCUAUGUCUUUUGAGCCCUUCCAGUCCUGACAUUCUUGGUUCUCACAUUUUGUUUACUCAAAUCUUUCCUUGCUCUAUUCGUGUGGUUCUCAAUAUAACUUAAAAUAUUGUAUCUAUGGACUCAGCCAGGCUAUUGGGGCAAAUAUGGCUUGGAGGAGAGGAGCGAGAAUAAGCAAAGACCUGGUCACAUAAGACAAAGCAGAUCCAGGCUUGUUCUAAAAGAAACCACAGCAACAGAUGGCCAUGCAUUCUGAUUAAUGGCUAUGAUUUAAUUAUUUGCUUUGAGCAAAAAGAAUGGGACAAACAGAAUGGGAUAGAAAGAGAGAGAGAGAGAGAGACAGAGACAGAGACAGAGACUGAGACUGAGACAGAGAGACAGACACAGAGAUUAUCAGAAUAAUAUAUAAAUAGAAUCUGGAUGGUGAGAUAACAGGCAAUAUUAUAGGUGGCUCUGGCAUUUAGAUAGGGAAGGCAGAAAUUGGGAACUAUGAUUGCCAAAAGCAAAUCAACAAGCAUUUAUUAAAUACCUACUAAGUGCCAGAUGCAUUUUUGUUGGAGUCUGGAUAUAGAAAGAAAGGCAAAAAUAAAGUCUUUCCUCUAGAGGAUCUUAUGCCCUUAUGGGAGAACAUCUAAUUGCCUAAGAACAAAUAAGAAAUAUUGAUGAUAAUCUCAUAAGGAAAGCAUUAACAUUGAGGAGAGCAGGAGAGGCUUCUUGUAGACAUGGAAUGUGGUUGGUAUAGUUGUUGUGAUGGGAUUGUUGUUCUUUGUCCUUUGUUUUUGGAGACGACCCUGACAUCAGGGAAGGACUACCAUGGCAUGCAGGUGAAUUGGAUUUAACUGAGAGAGGGCUGGGUAAGGUCACCUGCCUCACUUUCCCCUCCAGAGCCAUCUGGGUGCAGUGGCCAGAUCAGAAUCACUGGAGAUGGAUGCAAUGGGAGACCUUGACCUUUUUAGCUAAGGUUUUCAACAGGUCUCAGUUUGAUUGAGGCAACACCCAUUU